AUGGGACGUGUUAUCGCCAUCAAUGACCCUGUAUUGCUCGAGCAUAUUAUGAAGACCAACUUUGAGAAUUAUGAGAAAGGUGAUAUCCAAAAUUCGAACAUGUCUCAAGUCCUCGGAAAUGGUAUUUUCGAUUCCGAUGGUGAUCUGUGGAGGAUGCACCGAAAGACAGCCUCACAUGUUUUCUCCACAAAGAUUUACCGGUCGCUGAUUGAUGGACCUUUCAUCGAACAUACCCUUCACCUCUGUUCAAUCUUGGAAAGAGUUGCAGACUCGGGCAAGGCUGUGGACCUUCAAGCACUGUUCUUACGUUUGACUUUGGAUGCAUUCGCAAAACUGUCCUUUGAUUUGAAUAUCGACUCUCUUAGUAAUGAAGGCAAAGACCCUUUUGGAACUGCCUUUGACUUUGCAGUCGGCGCAACCGAUGAACGCUUCUUUAAUCCGCUCUGGAAAUUCACAGAGCGUUUGACAGGCCAGGCCAGAAAGAUGAGAAACGCUGUCAAAGUCAUAGAUUCUUAUGCCUACGCCGCAAUUCGUCAGAGACGUCAAGAGACUGAGGAGGAGGCUCAGGCACGUCAGGCACGCACAGGACGAGAGGAUCUGUUGGAUCUGUUCAUCAAGUGGCGAGAUGAUGAUGGCCGUGCUCUUACUGAUGUCGAGCUGCGUGAUGUCUUUAUCAACUUUGUCAUUGCUGGACGUGACACAACUGCGCAGGCAUUGAGCUGGAUGUAUUAUGAAGUGAUGAAGAAUCCUGCUGUGGAACAAAACAUCUGGCGUGAGGUAGAUCGACUCGGCGACCAACCCAACUAUGAGAUGGUGACCAAGGAUAUGCGCUAUUCUUCCGCGGUCUUCCAUGAGGGUCUUCGUUUGUACCCACCAGUCCCAGUGAACUUGAAGACAGCUGUUGCAGAUGACGUCCUACCUAAUGGCAUUAUUGUCAAGGCAGGAGAACGUAUUUUGUUCUCGACCUAUGCAAUUGGCCGCAACAAGAAUGUGUGGGGACCUCAGGCACGGGAAUUCCUCCCCGAACGUUGGUUUGACGAAAAUGCAAAGGCGAAGGAGUCCCAGUUCAAGUUCUCGAGUUUCAACGCAGGUCCUCGUAUUUGCUUAGGACAGACAUUUGCCACCCUUGAGGCCUUGACUAUCAUCAAGCUGGUCUCUUCCAAGUUCCAGUUCAAGCUAGUUCCAGGACAGAAAGCUCCCUCACCUGCGCCUUCGUUGACACUACCAAUGGAAAACCCAUUGAUGGUCUAUGUUAUUCGCCGCAAGUGA